AUGUUCAAAUACGUACCCACCCGUUCCAUCCCUGCUUACACUUCCUCCAUUCGCACAGCUGUCACCUUGAGGUCUAAUUUACAAAAAGAAAAAGACCAGGCCAAAAAGAGAAAGUUGAGACAGGAACUCAAAUUCAAUGCCUUGGACAACCCCAUAGACCACCCUUUGCACAUGCCCAUCGCCAAGGCAUUAAAUAUCUUGCGAUCCCUCGAAGUUGGUAAACCAGCAGACAAAACCACCAUCUCAUGCAACAUAUACGUGCGUCAAGAACAAGGUGCGGCCCCCAUCCAGACCAAAGUCGAUAUCCCAUUCCCUGUGCAGAGAAAAACCAAGGCAGUCGUCUUCACCACCCAGCAGCCUGUCAUCGAGGAGUUGAAAAAAGCCGGCAUCGAAACAUUUGGUGGCAGAGAUUUGCUCGACAAGUUUCUCAACCAGGAAUUGACUCCUGAUCUUUUCACCCACGCUUUUGCAACCCAGGAAAUGGAACCACACUUGAAAGCUGUCGCAAGAAUCUUGGGUCCCGCUGGAUUACAGCCAACGGCCAAAAAGGGAACCGUCACCGACGAUAUCAAUACCAUCCUCGACGUUAUCAGAUCGUUCCAAAUCAAACAAAAGGAUAACCAUAUCUCCUUCCCGGUUGGAAACUGCACAUUCAGCGACGCCCAAAUCAUGUCCAAUAUCAAAGCCAUCUCCGACAAAAUCUACUCGAAAAUCGACCCCAACGCUACAAAAAAGACCCGUUUGGGGUACUGCUACAUUGGCACCGCCAACAGUCCUGGUCUCGUCAUAGACUUUAAAUAG